CGUUUGGGGUCUUCUCUUGAGUCGGAGCACAACUCUCCGCCAUGUUUCGGCUUGCCUUCCUCGCUGUGUGCGCGGCUUCUGCUGGCCUGGAAAUCGGCCACCAGUUUCCGAGGAUGGAGCUACUUGAGGACUUCCACUCUAUGUUGUUGGUCAUGGUCUUUCCCUCCAACAACGCGAAAGCCUUGGAUGAGGAUUUCCAGAGCGUCGCCGGCGAGGAGGACGCAUUUCAUGUGCAUGGCGUGCAGGUAUCCUUCUGGGGCGAAGUGGGCACCUUGCAGUACGCCCGCAGCGGGACGGCCCUGACGCCGGCGGAGGUGGGCCUCAAGGAGUCUUCGGCGGUGCUCCUCAGCAUCACGGACAACUACACGGUGGAGCACGUCUGGGACAGAGCAGAGCCGGGCAUUGCAAAGCAGGUUUUUGAGUACGUACUCGCCAAGUACCACAGCGACCAUUCGGAGCUUUGAAUGCCCGGCUGCGAAACAUCUGAGAACCAUGAAAAG